CCGUGGGAAAGUAGUGAAGCCUUUUUUGGAUGGGGUUGGAGAGACGGUACGAUUCUACCGGCGAGAUGGAUGGCCCACUAGAUGGGCGUGUGGACGUGUGUUCAAGUGUUAUCGAUACUACCGCCAUCAGCGAGGAGAGGGAUAAAGCUGAGAACGCGAACUCGAAACAAGUGAGAGAUUGGGAGAACAGAGCGAAAGAGGGUGCAGAUGUCCACCGAGAAGCGCCCAGCAAACUGGUGAGUGGAGUAGGAGAAAGAGGAGGAGCCUCAGGAGGAGAGCAAUCGGGAUCGGGACUUUCCAUGACGGAAUCAGCACCUGUUAGCAGCGCCUGCGGCGCAGCACACGAGGAGGUAGUACAAGUGCCAACGAGCCGUACGACCACUCUCAGUAUACUUCAAGAUCUCAGUGAAGAUGCUGAAGGAAUGGGACUCAGAGAGAGCCAGGUUGGGAAGGAGGAGGAGGAGGAGGAGGUGGAGACACAGUCUGCGAAAUUGAGCGGCAGAUGGGAUGAAGCAGAAGACAGCGCCCGCGAGCAUCAACGCCAGUGGAACGCCCAGAAGAGCGAACCAGGUGAGGGGAGAGAGGUGAUUGGCAACGAGCGACGAGGACAUCAAUCAGGAAGGAUCGUCAGAGAAGAGAUGGCGCGCUGUACGAGACACGAGGCCAAUAUGUUUAGAACGACGAGGAGCGUCGAUGAUGAUGAGGCGAUGAAGAAAGACAUGGUGUUAAGCAGGAACGGACUCAAGGGAGGAGUCCGACAUAAGGAGGGGAAGGAUUGGGAGAAGGAGCCGGUCGACGGCGCUAAGGAGAGUGAGGGCAAAGAAUGCAAGUUGGGGGAGAAAAUACCUCACAAGUGGUCCUUUGGCUUUCUGAAGCGGGCUUACGGACUUUCCCCUUCUCAUGGGUGUGAAACACCUCCUCCUUCUCCUCCUUCCAAACCCCGUGGCCGCUCCUCGAAACGCGUUCGUGCAGCUGGGUGUCAGACCUGCGGAAAGCUGCGUGCAACCUCUCAGCCUCCUCUCCCGUGGGUAUGUCAGAACUGCCAUGCCAUAAAUUACGGUCGCACAAAGUAGCAAGGUGAUACAAGACACGGGAAGGAAGCACAGGAUCUGGAUUUGGAGUCGUCGGGGAACAAUGGGCCCACGUUGGAAGUGGCCUUCGGUUGGAACAUGCAAUAACGAAUGGAACCAUGCGAAACU